CUUCAGCUUCGUCUUUCGAGAUUAGAAAACACUUGUAGUAUCGCAUAGCGAUCGCCAUUCUGCACUAUCUUUUAGUUUAGUUUUUUUUUUUUUUUUUUGUAGGUAGGUUGGUAAUUUACCCGAUCACUCGCCACACUUUAACGAUCAUUCGCAUUUUAGUGCUCUGCCAGACUGCACUCGUCCAUAUCGCUCGUGUAUUGGCGUUGUAUCUUUUACUCGGUAAUUAAUAGAUAAGCUUAAACAAUGCCUAAAAGGAAAGGAAGUGAUCAUAAUUAUGAAGUUUUGUUGAAAAAGUUAAGGAAGAUUGAAAAUAAAAUACGUCAAUGUGAUGGACAAACAACACCUGCUCGCCGUUCUAGGCGUGUCAGAGUGCUUUCCAGUUCGUCUUCCUCGUCGCGGGAAUCACCAGGUCAACAAGUUGAUACCGUUAACAACGAGAUUUCUCCAUGCCACGCCGAAUCGGAUUUGGAACCAGCGACGACAGACCAGGGCACGGUGGCAGACCAGGGCGCGAUGAGUCCGUCAAACAUUCCACAAGAAAAUGCUCGCCUGGAACCCACCGUAUGUUCGGAAGAUAUCAUACCCGAAAAUUCCGAAAUAGAACUGGAUGACGAUAUACUGCAAAUUCUUGGAGUUGAUCCCACGCAAGUAAUAAUUUAUGGGAAAGAUAUACAAAAGGAAGUUGCAGUUCGUUUUGAGCAUACAGCAACGGCAGGAUUGUCCAAAGAUGAGCGUAAAGAAAUCAAUGAAAAAUUUCUUAUACCAGGGAACUGUAAGCUUAUCGGUGCGCCAGCUUUAAAUCUGGAAAUCAAAGCCGCUCUUUCUGAGACCAUAAUAAAACGCGAUAAAGCGAUAGAAGCAAAACAAAUCUGCUGGCAUCAGCAAUUUCAGGCCUCGGCGAGACGUAACUUUAUCCUCUACGCAGUCAAGAAGGAUAUGAAAGAGUCUCUCAUUAAUACGAAGAUUGACGAAUUUCUAUUCGGACAGAACCUAACUGAUACUCUAAAAGCUGCUAAAGCAAUUAACAAAUCUGGCGCAGAGUUAAAACCUCCUGCCCCUACACCAAAACCUAGUACAACGGCCGGAAUAUGCACACUCAAAUUACCCUGGCUGCAGCAAUAUUAUCAGGACAGCAUUCUUGAAAAGACAGGUCCCUUCAUCAACAUUAAACCUAAUGAUGAACUCUUUAUCACACAACUCAAUUAA